AUGCGACCAAAAGUGAAUACAGAGCUUGUUCAAGGAUCUUAGAAGAACUCUAAUCCAAAAUAUGAGAAUUCGGAAGAAUUCAGGUAAAAUUUUUUCAGAUUUAACACAACUUUUCAAAGACAUGAUAAUUAUUAGCAACUAAUCUAGAUUAUUGAUUUCUCAAACAAAGAGUUUGGUGAAAAAGGUUGCUAUAUUAAAGAUACUUAGACUAAAUAAGAUAAAAUCAUUAAUUAUAUUAUUGAAUAUCAAUAGCAAUAUAACAUCUCAUAAAAACAAAUUUACUAAUUAAGAAGAUCUUACGUUGAUUUAGAGAAAACAGAGGUUAAUAAAGAAGCAAAAGAUGAUGAUAAAAAAAACAAAAAGGUUGUUUCAGGAGCAAAAUAGGUUGAUUUUGGAACAAAAGAGGUUUAAAUAGAACAAAAUGGGGUUGAUAGGACAAAGGUUGAUAAAACUAAUUUGCUGGUUUAUAAUAACUUUAAAAAUUGUUUAACUGAAAUAUUUAAUAGUUUUUACGAAGGAGAUAAUUCAUAAAUAAUUUUACAACACAUAAGUAAUGAGCCAAACCUAUUAAGGUAAUUGAUCUCAUAAGCCAUUAAAGAAUUUAAUGAAACAAAAAAAAAAGAUGAAUAAUCAGAGACAAAUGAAGACUUGAAAAAAAAUGAAGAGGUGAAAAAAAAGAUUAAUAAUUUGAAAAUAACUUAUAUUGGAAUUACUUAAGAGUAUCAUAUACCAGAUGUUUUCUAAGAUUUUGAGACUAAUUCUCUUUAAAAUUUUUCAAUAAUGCUGUAGGAUUCAUAAUCAUUUAAUUAUAAACUUAAAUAGGAUCUUAAAAGCUUGGUCUUAUAAGAUCAAUAUUAUAUGAAACUAAACCUUGGGAACAAAAAAAUUACAAAUGAAAUUUUACAUCUUUACAGGUACUUUUUAAAAAUGAAAAUUCGAAAGUACUAACCAAAAUUGAUAGUAUUAUUGAUAGAAAUUAAUGAUAGCUUUGAUUUCGAAACGUAUUUCUUUUAAAAAUUAAUUUCUUAAUUAGAGAAAAUCUCAUAAAACUGUCUCAUAAUCAUUCCAAUACUCACAUCAUACACUUCAGAAAGCUUUGAAAAAUAUUUAAAGUAAACUCUCUUAAUAAGCAAUUCAUACUUUGACUACAAAUUUAAGAGAAAAAACAAAACUCAUUAUUAAUGCGAAGAUAUCUCUGCUUAAAAGUAUAAAGAGUAUAGCACAUAUUUUUCGUAAACUUAAAAGGAGGAACAGUUCUUCCUUAGGUAAUACUUAGCCUUGAAGGUUCGACAAAAUUUUUUUCAAUAAAAUGAGUAAAUGGAAAUUGAAUACUAGAAGCAAAUGUUACCGACAGAAUUGAGUACAUAAGUUAUUGAAGCAUAAGAUAGCAAUUAAACCUAAGAUCUAGAAUACAAUCUAUUCGGAAUUUUGAAUAGCAGAAACUAAAUAGAAUUAACAAAGUUAUAUGAGAGAUAUUCAAAAUAACCUAUAAGAAUUUUUGAAGUUGAGCAUUUCAUUUAUUACAAUUAAGAUAAUAAAUCCUUUAUCAUUUGUAUUGUAAAAGAUGAUAAGCUAUUUUAUUAAUAUAAAGCAUAUAAAAUAGAUUAAGAAAAAUAAAUCGAAGAUUCAAUCUAUUUGGAAGAAUAUAAAUAUUUUGAAAAAUUCAAUAAAGGAUUAAAAAGCUCAUAUUUGUUAUAAGGUGACUAUUUUUGUUAAUUUAAUGUAUCAUUUUAAAAAGUAGUAUCAAAUUUAAAGGAAAGAAAAAGAACAUCUGGUUUUAAAUAUUAUGUUUAAUACAAGAAAUACAAUUUAAGAUAUGAAAAAGCUCCCGACUUUUAUCAUAAUAUCGAAAAUCAGAAAGAUGGGUUGGAUUAAUUAACAAAUUUUACAAUUAGUCCAAUAAAGGAUAAUCAAUUCAUACUAAUAGGGGGAACUUAUGAAUCAUACAUACCCUAGAAAGAGCAUGAAUAAUAAAGCAGGUAAUCCGAAUAUGAAUUUAAUCUUGGUGCAUAUGCAGUAACUGUGGAAAUAGAUGAAAAUUAAAAGAAUAAAUUAAAAGUUACAGAAAAUAUAGGUAAAUUAAAAUGCUAUGAGAACUGUCUUACUUAGAAAAUCAAUGAUUAAUCAUUCUUAUAUUUUGAAGGAUAAACCAAGUAUUAAGCAGGCUAAUUCUAAUCAUAAAUAUAGAGGAUGUCAAUAUUUGGAUAUGAAUAAAAUUUGCAAUUUGAUAACUGUAAGAUUUAAAAUCAGAAUCAAUUUGAUUUUUACCAAAAGAAAAAGAAAUUGUUUAGAUCUAAUCAGUUAAAUAAAAAGAUAAUUGAAUAAAGUAAAAAGAAAAUUGACUUUAUUGUGGUGGUCUAAGAAUUGAUAUAUGAUAAGGUAAAAAUAGUAGAUGAAGAGGAUAGUAUUAAUUUGAAAUAGUUAUCAAAAUAAGUUUAAUUAUAAGCUCAUAAGUUCCGAUUUACAUAUGACCCUGCAAAACAGGUAAUAGAGGAUAACAAAACGAAAUAGAUACUUGAUAUUCAAGAGGAAAGUUUUUACUUUGUAAUAGAAUAAGUAGAAAAAUCUAAUAGUCUAAGAAAUGCAUGUCUUUAUGCUAAUUGGUUGGAGGAUAGGAACAAUUAAUACAUAUUUCAUUACAAUGGAGUGCAGAACUUAUAUUUAUUAUAUUUUUAAGAGAAGCCAAAACCGAAGACAAGGAAGUUUAUCUUUGAAGACCAAUAGGAUAAAGAAGACAAUUUAGAUUUUGAUGAAGUAAUUUUGAAUGAUUUGGAGAAUGAGCAGCUUUGGAUUGUUCGAAAGAUAAAUCAUCAAGAUAAGAUCUACUUAGAUUUAUAUGAAAGGUAAAAAUUAAAUCCAUACAAUAGUGCUUGGAUAAAUCUAUAAGAUGUAAAGGAUUCAACUGAAGAUGCAAUUACAAAGGUUCCGAUGAAUCAAAUCUUUAGAAUUGCUGAACUUAAAGAAGAUUUUUGUUUGAUUGGGCUUGAAGUGAAAUGGUAAAACGAGCAAGGAUAAAGAUGCCCAUAUUUAGUUGUGUGCACAAGUACUACCAUUUAUGAGAUUUCAAUAAAGUAGAUAAGAAAAACAAAAUGGGAUUACAUUUUAAGAUAUAAGUUCAAUUCUUGGGAGAAAGAACCUCUGUAGUUCUAAUAAUCACCAAUUACUAGAUCCAAAUAAGUUUCAUUUUAAGUGAAUAUGUAAAUACCCACAAUAGUAGCAAAUUUAUAAAAUGGGGAUUUGUUGCUAUUUUAUAGUUAUUGCAAUGUAAAAAGCGAAUCAAAUAAUAAAUAUUAAUUAGAAAUCAAGUAUUUGAUCUUAAAGGAUUGCAAUCAAAAAAGUGAUGAAAUGGAGGCAGAAGAAAGCAAUAGGGAAUUCUAAUUUAAAUCAAUAGAAUACAAUUCAAGGAAGUAGGUUAAUCUUGCCAAAGUAAAUACCGUUAUUAUAAAUAAUGAUGAGUUCCAGUUUUCAAUAAUCGUAGAAGAAUCUGAUGGAUGCUUAUAUAAAGUAUUUUCAGGCGAUGGGGAAAAAAAAUAAUAUAUUACAUUGAUAAGAGAAAGCAAAAUAUUGAGUAACGCUGCCUUUUUAAAGAAUUAAUCCAUUAUCAUAGGCAAAAAUAAGGAAACAGUUGUACAUCUGGAAUGA